CCCCUCUCUCUCGUUUUCGCUGCGUCUAUUUCUCUCUCUCCUCGUGUCCUCCAGUGGUGAUUAGUGCUUUUUUUUUAUACCCUAAUUAAAGAGCCUGUUUUGCUUUUGGAUGCACAAAGCUCGGAUCUUUCUUCUCUUCUCCUUUAAAAACGAAGAAAUAUGAACUAUGUGGAGUAUAAAGUUGCGCUCUUUAUCAGUCUGGUGAAUCUUGAAAUUUGGCUACUUGGAAUAUUCAAAGAGAAAUUAGACUCGAUAUGCACUACAGGAAAAUCAUCAAUUACCGGCGGCAAUUUCCGGCACUUAAGUUAAGUUUUCCAGCAUUUUACAAACCGCCGGAAUAAACCGCGUAGGAAAGAAAUUCCGACGGCCAUUUUCCAGCGGCUACGACGCCGGAAAUGUCCGACAACAAAACCGUUGGCGUCCGCCGGUAAUACCAGCGAUCAUUUGACCGCUGAUCCAGUUUGGUGGUUAUCUUUUUCCAAUUACUGGCAUUUCAACUUCAUGCAUAAGGCAUAGCUGUUUAAGAUGCUUUCCAUUGGAAGAUUGCAGACAAAUAUUCUGCCCAUCGUUAUUUGUUUUUCAUGUUUGCCAGGCAUAUCAUAUGCUUCACAUGUGAAGGGUGACUUGGAGGCAUUCUUACCUGGUGGUAUGGCUUAUAUAAGCUUAGCUGAUGGAAACACCAAUUCAAUAGGAAAUUUUUGUGUGGCAAUACAAAAUGCUGACCCUACUGCACUAAAGUUAGGUACAGACUGGGCUUGUGGACCUGGUUUAGCAAAUUGCAGUUCUAUACAGCCAGGUCAGCCUUGUUAUGUAGCUAACAAUCUUGUAGCUAUCGCUUCUUAUGCCUACGAUGCAUAUUACCAAGCUAGUCGAGCCAAAGGAGGGACAUGCUUCUUCAAUAACACAGCUACACUUACUACCAAUGACCCGAGCAAUGGCUCUUGCAUUUUCCCGGGAAGCUCUGGGACUGGAACAAACCCUGGUGGUGGAAGUGGCGGUGGCAGUGGCGGCAGCACAAACUCCUCCGGUGGUUCAGGGAGUGCCGGUGGUCCGAGCUUCGCACCUCCUUUUACUCCGUUUGUACCAACGAACGGUGAAAAUGGCGUUCCAUGCCUACGAGUUCAUAAGUUGGUUUACCUUUCACCUCUGGUAUUUUUUUCUUUGCAAAAUUUCCAGAUCACAUACAUAAGAGGGAUAUAAGAAGCUGCAUGUCUAUUUUUUGCCCUUUCAUGUACGUUUAUCCUCAUCCAUAUUUUGUUUUGUGAUUGGUACCUCAUCAUGUAAUUCGUUUAUGAUUGAUCAGAGGACAUUUAAAAGGAUCAAAGUCGCUGUAAUUUUUUUGAAUGAACAAUGUCUGUAAACUAAAAAUUAUGUGAUUUUUUCAGAGUAUCAGAUGGUAAAUUCCAGUUUGAAUGAUCUCCAGUGAACUAUGAAUCACUAAAGUGAGUUCUGGCAAAAUAUACAGAAUGGGAUGUCAUAUUGGCUCACCACUUCUUUGUA